UGUGACACGGUGCCGAUGUCACGCCGUCCCCACGCCCCCCCCAGGCGCGGGCGGCCCCACGUUCACGGUGGGGAAGUCGGUGUGGCUGCUGUGGGCGCUGGUGUUCAAUAAUUCCGUCCCGGUGGAAAACCCGCGCGGCACCACCAGCAAAAUCCUGGUGCUGGUCUGGGCCUUCUUCGCCGUCAUCUUCCUCGCCAGCUACACCGCAAACCUGGCCGCCUUCAUGAUCCAGGAGGAGUACGUGGACACCGUGUCCGGGCUGAGCGACAGGAAGUUCCAGCGGCCGCAGGAGCAAUACCCGCCGCUGCGCUUCGGCACGGUGCCCAACGGGAGCACGGAGAAGAACCUGCGCAGCAAUUACCCCGCCAUGCACCGCCACAUGGCGCCGUACAACCAGCGCGGCGUGGAGGACGCGCUGCGCCAUCUUAAGGCGGGGCGAUUGGACGCCUUCAUUUACGACGCGGCGGUGCUGAACUACAUGGCAAGGAAGGACGAGGGCUGCAAGCUGGUGACCAUCGGAGCAGGGAAGGUGUUUGCCAGCACCGGCUACGGGCUGGGGCUGCAGAAGGGCUCACGAUGGAAGAGGGCCAUGGACCUCGCGCUGCUGCAGCUGCUGGGGGACGGUGAGGGG